AAAAGCAGCAUGUGUUUGGAGUUUACCGGAACGAGAUAAAGAUUUCACGCUAGAAUUUGGUUGGUAAGCUACUCACUGGUUUCUUUUUGAUUUCGAUUCGACGUGCUCUGCACAGAAAUAUUAACACAAAAACAUCGCCGAUUCGACCGGUGAGUGCUAUGUAAUGUCAUCCGCCACAAAAGAGGCAGAAUCCAGUUCGCAAAAUUUAAACGAACAGGUAGACGAUGAGGUUUCACACUACCAAGUGUUGGGUGUGGCACCGGAUGCCACGCAUGAGGAAAUUCGAAAAGCCUACCAAUCGUUGGCUUUGCGUUACCACCCUGAUAAAAUGCGCUCCAGCAGCAGCAGCAGCAGGGCGCCAAUCGAGUUCAUUCGCAUUGACGAAGCAUGGAAGAUACUACGGGAUGCAGAGACCAGGCGCAUUUACGAUGCCGAAUUAAUGCAACGUACCUGCCGAGAGGAUUAUUUUGUAAAUGAAGUUCUAACAGCCAAAGAUUUCAACUACGAUCGAGACGAGGACCAUCGAUGUCGUAACUGUCGAUGCGGAGGUCUAUAUAUACUGCCUGAAGAUCUGAACAGCGGUGAAAGUUGUUAUAUCGCGUGCGACGAAUGCUCACUUGUGGUGCAAGUGAACGUUACUUGA